AUGGGACUCAUUGCUGACGCUAUUAUAGACCCGAAGGGCGAAGCUGCUGGUGGAUUUUUCUCGGAAAUGGCGAUGAAACAAGUCCUUGGAGAUGAGCUCGGAGAAAUUUACUCGCUGGAUAAUGGGGAUUUCCGGGCAGAUAAACUCAAUGAAUUUGUUCUCGCUGGAAUGGGUCUUCCUGAUGGACUGAUUCCUCUCCUUCUUUCUCAACCGGAAGAUCUCACUGCCCCUGAUCGAAUUCAAUUGUUCAGCUGGCUGAACCGUGGUCGUCGAUUGACUCCUAGUAUGAUCUCCCUCAUUAUGGGUACUACCGAUGCCAGCAAUGUCGAUUUACAACAACUCUACAUUGAGUCGAUCGUAGACAACAGCAAAGUUGAUCAACUGACAGCCAAGAUGAUUGAGUACGUUUUCGAAGGUGGGAGAAAGGAAGAUCUAAUGGACUUGAUGUUCCAGUCUCGAAAUGGUUUCAUUACCGAGGAUUCCUUCGAGCCCGAUAUAAGCAUUCUCCCGAAGGGGAUCUAUCCGGGCCAGAAGCUUUACUACGCGCACUUGGAAACAAUUGGAUACGAUACGUGUUUAUUGGUGGAUCCAGUGAAUAGAUACCCUUGCGGAAUGCAAUUCGGAAGCGAUAUUACUCCAGAACAGUGUGCUUCAAUCCCUUAUUGCUGCUUCAAUCCGAUUGAUGAGACUAGACUUGUGGAAGAUGAAGAAGUUCAAGAGCUUCUUGGAGAUCCCAAUAAGGGAGUUGAUGACAUUCCUCUGUGCUACUACAAUACCUUCUUCAUUUACUACAACCAAUACAGUCUCGAAGUCCAACCCUUUGGCAAUUUCCCAAAGCCAGUUGACUGCCCAAAAUUGUUCCGCUUCGGUUUCAAUCUUGAGCCCGACAUUUGGGAGUAUUUCCAGCUCACGCAAAAGACAUCCGUUUUGGCAAACGAUCGAAUUUCUUGCGGCUUUCCUGGCAUCACCAAAUUUCAUUGCGUGGCUAUCAGAGGCUGCUGCUAUGAAGAGGCAGAUAUUGAUGUAAAAUGCUAUCUGCCACUUUCGAGAGCUGAGGAAGCGACGAGAAUCGGAGAUAUGGACGGAUCAACUGUUGAAACGGACUAUCAAGAUAUGCUUGGGCCGAUUCGGGCGUUUGCGGGAGAUUGA